AUGCUUUGUACGCUGUGCACAUCGCUUAACAUAUUCGAACUCUUAAACGAUGAAGGGGAAUCAAUUGGUGAGGAGCACCAGCCGACAUUCAUCGCUUUGACAACCUCCGCCUUGAAAGGGUGUUCGCUGUGCUCUUUGUUCAGAGCGACGGUUCUUGACACGUACAAGAGAGUGAUGAUAUGGUCAGAAGAAGACGUACAAAAUUAUCAAGACGAGAGAGAUCGUAGAGCAACUACAAGAUUUGUCAUAAGGGCUACUGCAGUAGAUCUGGACAAGAACUAUGCUCCCUUUGAAGACGGCUAUUCUGGAUUAUUCUACUUGAGGCGGGCUCCGACAGAUAUUAAUAGCAACGGCGGCAAAGGAGGCGCAAAUGACGAUGUUGACGAAGACCAGGUAUUGCCCUGGCUGAGCAUGUCUGCAAGCACGGAUAUGCCCACUCGAAUUGUUGGCAGAGCAAUUGGAGCGCACUCGGACUUCGACUUGGGCAAGCAAUGGAUCGAACAAUGUAUUGCCGCACACCGUGGCUGUUCUCAAGCAUCGAAUUCUGAACUCCCAACCAGAUUGAUUGACGUUGGGCUUCCUGAUGGGUCUAUCGAGCCUCGACUAGUGGAGACGAAAGGCCAACAAGGCAAAUAG